AAUUCAGACACUGGUGAGACAAAGAAACCCACAUAUUCCACUGCAGCAUCCAUCUUCUCACCUGGUCUGAGCGUAUGCUGGGAAAAUGAGCUGAUCUCACGGGUUACACCUGUGUGCACAAAGCUGGGAGAAUAUAAUGAAGAGCCACGCAGUAAGCAGAAGGAUGUCUUCAAUAUCUAAUGAUGUCGGCACAAAAACUGACCGAUCAUCAUGCUCACAACUGCGUUCAUCCCUGUGCUCCUCAGGGAAAAUGAGAGCAGGAGGUCUGCAUGUGGUCUUCUCAGAUAGUAAAACUUUCAACUCCUCCCCAGAGACGGACACAAUUCAGAAGUCUAGCAUCUGUGAACUUAGCCAGGAUAUAUAUUCUACAAAGAGAUUGAAUUUGAGUGACACAAAUCACGGGCACCUUGUCCAGAAACCUCAGAGUGGCAAGAAAAUCGAGGGCCACAGGGAUUAUGGUGGGAGGCUUCCUACAGAAAUGAAUACGUCUUCGCAGACUGCCAGCGGCAGUACACUCACACAGCUCACUGAGACAGAAAUUAAACACGGGAAUCCUUUAAACAUCAAGUCAGGCUUCAGAGAUGCAACUUCAUUAUCAGCUGAAGUUUUACUGGAGAACUUGAAGUCCAUAAUGAUGAAACCAGCCAUGGUAUCUUCAGUACCUGAGAAGGUCAGAGAACCUGCAGCUCGCAGGUCUUCCAGCCCAGCUAGAGUGGAAUAUACGCAAAGUGAGACCCUGCAUUCCCCAAUGUCUCCUAAUCUUUGCUUCAAAGACUCUCACAAGGAGUCUUCCACUGAGCUAAGUAAUGAUACUGCUGUCACAGAAGGUCAGAGUGCCACUGGAAGUGAAAAAGAGUCCAAGGUUACAGGUGUCCUCCAGCAGCUCCUGAAGCUGGUGGAUUGUCACUGGAACGGGCCUGGAUCUCUCCUGGUUAACAAGGAUUUUCUUGUUCCUGCCCAAAACUUGCUUUUCCAUCUUGUGGCUUGUACUGCUCCACGGCAGGAUGCUCAUCUGACAGCUGGACACUCCUCUUCAAUCUUAGCUAGAAACAAUCCCAAAGUCCAAAGGACUCAGCUUAAAUAUACUGAACAAUUCGAUAGAAUGGAUUCUGCUGCGCAAGGAAAGGGCUGGUGGAAAGCCAUGUCUCAGCUUCCACGUUGCACAAGAUGGAUCAUACUGCUGCUUCUAGUUAUCAUAUCCAAAGAAACCAAGCAUCCAUGUACGGUAGGGCCAAACGACUUAGCUUUAAUUUAUUGUGAGCAAUGUGACUGUUCAAAUUACUUUUGUUUUCUGCUUCCAGGUAAGCUCACAAUGAUUACAAAGAGUAAGGAAUGAAACUGGGGUCUUCUCCUUAGCAGCUGUACAAGCUAUUCUUUUAGAAGUGGAAGGAUUCAUUUAUAGCCACCUGGGCUAUGGUACAUCAAGUAAAUGGUGGCUGAUGUGGCCUUACAAGGCUCGCAAGAACGGUCACAAUGCAACCAUUCAUGCCUUACGCCAGUACCAGCUAUGCCAUGUAUGCCUUUUCUAGGAGCUUUUAUACACUGUGCAAUAAGAACAAGAUUACUGUAAUGUAACAAGGAAACACUAACAUCAUUGGAUGGAUUCCUUGACUGCUGACAGACCAGCACAAGCUUCCCAACAAACUGAAGAUGAUUUUCUGAUAUUUUCAGUCUGUCCUAGCGUACAGAAAAACUGACAGUGGUCCAAGCCUUAAUCUCCAUUUGUCCAGCACUUUAGUGGCCAGUAUACAUGGUGACAGCUGCUGUGUAAUCGGAGAUAGCCUCACAAGUUUGAGCAUCUGUUCUGAGCUGCCCCGUAGCAGCAGCCAUACAGUUCUGUGCCCUGGAUGCUGCAGGGUUGCUGCAGGAUGCGUUUUAGCCAGUCCCUCAGCCCUGACUUUUAAAGGCUUUGUGUAACAAAGGACCACAACCCUUCACAGGCUGCUGUGGUGAUUUUUGUUUGGUGUAACCCCCAGCCCCUGGAUCCCACAAUCCCCAUUGUCUCUCAGAGCAGCCCUUCCUGUUAGAGGCAUGCUCAGUACAGCAGUCUAUCAAAAAACUUUUGAUCCAAAAAUGUGCCUAGAACAGGUUCAACUUAGGGUUUGAACAAAAGAGAUAGUAAUAAUAACUGUGGCUAUUAUUAAUAUUGCUCGUAAUAAUUUACUCUGUUAUGCAUUAGCAUCGAGAAUUGCUUUUAUUAAAAAUGCGUUUACCAGCUUUUGGUGAUUUUGCUCAGACCUCUCACUGUGU